CCAGUACUGAGCUCUGGAGGAACCCACUAGGACAGUCCAUAACCUGAGAUAAAGUGAAUUUAACCAUGACCUUGGAAUGUCAAUUUUUCAGAUAUGAAAUGAGCCAAUCAAUCAGACGUGGCUUAAUACCAAAUCGUCUGAGCUUAUUGCUAAGACAUAUACGGUGGACCUCAUCAAAAGCUUUUGAGAAACCAAGUUAAAUGAUAUCAACCUUCCCCUUGCUAUCAAGGAUGGUUGUCCAUCUAUCCACCACAGUCAGCAGGUUGGUUAUACAAGAAUGACCCUUCCUGAAAUCAUGUUUUAGCUGUUCUUUGUAUUUCCAGGUUUUUUCACUAAUGCUGCCAUAUUUAGGAUGAAGUGUACUUUGGAAUGUGCGUCAACCUAUCAUAAAUUGACGUUACAUUGUCGUAGUGCGUCCUUGAGAACACUUCAAGGGCAUUUAGUGUCUCAUGGUGUCCGAUACUUCAGAAGGUAGAACGAUAUUUAUCAGGUAAUAUUGAUCUUGUUCUAUUGUUUAAAAUAUAGUGUAGACCACUAAACUAAACAAAAAGUAUUUUUUGACCUCGUGGACGUUUUGGAUAAUGAAGUCAGUAAUAUUGACUUAUGGUGAGUAAUUAUAAUUACUCACCACAACGUUAUCAUGCUGUACAGCAUGAUAAUAUGCUUAGAUACUCUUAUAGGCAUAUUUCAUCUAUAGACACUAAACAUCAGUAGUUCGUCGAAACGUUAUUUCAUAUACGGAUAUAUUCGUACAUAUGUACAUAUUUGUUGCGUCAAAACUUUACUCUCUAAACUAAACACGGGAGACCUGAUACAUUCUAGUCUUCAGUCAUAAGGAUAGUAGGUCGGUGGAUGUGUGUUAAUUCUUGUGUCCCAAAGUCCCUAUUUUGAGAGAAAAGUUUUCCGUUUUAGGGGAACAACUAAAGAGAGUCUUGGAUAUCCAAAUAGCACAGAAACUCCAAAAUUUCCCUAGGUCUUAGGAAACCCCCAAAACUUUGGGGAAAACUGCCAAUUGUCAUUGGAAUUGGGGGGACCUCAAAAUGGGGAGAUUGGGGCACACUGAUGGGACCGAUACCACUUGAUCGAACAAGGUGUUUUAGUCACUGAUCACUCAAUGGAGAUAAAUGGAAUCCCACUUUGAGCAUAUUUGAUCGCGGAUUCUUGACCUUUUUGCUGCUGCCUCAGACAAUCAGUUUUAGAGGGGCAAAAAAUAGGACGCGUUAACACCCAAAUCAUCAUAAAACACGUAAUGCUAAUAUAAGGUCAUUUUGCUUCCCGCGAUAAGGUCACUCAGUCUCGUGUGUUGUUACGAGGAUGAAGGUUGAUGUCACUUUCCGGCUGUCCACGUCGUGGAAGGGUACUUCUUGAGGAACCUGAAAAGGAAGAUGGGUUAAUGUUGGUCCUAACGACUCGGGAGCGUGACCGCAAAGCCCAAGGGACAACUGCUCGAGGCCAGUCGCGCACGGCCUUUUCGUGGAAGGUUUUUAAUGUGUUAGCCCCGUUCUUCAAAGGGUCCGGAGACGGAUAUAAGUGCGGUAAGGUGAGGUGUGGCAUUUUUAGGGUCGACCUUUUCUAACCCUUUUAUUCCUUGUGAGAAGGCAGCAUCGCUGUAGAUGCUGGUUGUCCGAAGGAAACACCUUAUUGCUGUCACACCCCACUACAGUCAGCAGUACGACUUCACCCUCAGACCUUGAGUUGCUGCUUUUAGUCUCGACGUUCUCCAAUCGACCUGCCUGGCAUGGUAGAACCUACAGGAACAUAUAUUGCAGCCAAUAUAGCUCGGUUGGGUCAUCACGAUAGGCAAGCUCGACCACCACAUCAAGGUAGGAGCUUCGGUCGGGUUACUGUACAUAUGAGGAUAUUAUUAUCAUGGUCAGCACUUAUGAAAGCGAUUGGAGACUUUUAAGACUUAUUUUUGUUAUUGAUUUUGAUAGUUUUUUAGUUUUUUCUAAAGAUUAUUUUUGGAAUUAAUUGCCUCAACAAAUAUACCUCACUCGGUUCGCAGCCAAUUGUUAAGCAUGUGAAAAGUUUUAAUGUGAUUGAUAGAGCAAUUCUGUUUGUUGGGACAUCUGGCAUACAUAAUCUUACUUUUAGCGUAGUCCACUACAUUUCGAAGUGCUGUUUUAUUUUGGAAAUUAUUAUUAUUACAGACAUUAUUGAUAAUUGCACACUAAAGUAGUGCAGAUACAUUUACAUUUUUCCUGUUUAUUUGGGCUUUUAAUGUUUAUUAUCCAAUUUUCAUUCUCGAUUUGUGACCUUAAUUAUUUCAAUGUGUAUCAUUUUGCCUAAUACUUUAUUUAUGCACCGUAAAAAAAUUCAAUGGUCAACGCAUUUCAGUGAAACUAUGCUUAGUAUGUUUGCUACAGUUCAUAACAUGCUCCGUCCAAACUAGAGAUUUGACCGGUUUAACAAGUAUAUCGUCGUGUCCAUUCUAUAAAUGAGUACGAUAUGCUUACGGUGAUCUAGUCAGAUUUUACAUUAAGUAAGACAUACUACCAAUUAACGUUAUAUUUGAGUUCUUUAAAGUAAUUGAUCGACAUUUUGUAACCCAGGAUUAUAAACAGAAUGUGACAAAAACUUGGUGACUAGUUUUGACUUCUUGUUAUAAAGAACCUCGAAAGAACUAUUUCUGUUGCGUUUUUUGCAUUGUUAUUGCCUAUUCUGCAGCGAUCUUCACGUUUUAUAGCUCUGUCAACUAAAGAGUCACUUAGCAUUAUCUGCAUAUUACUAUUUUAUUUAAAAUAUAUGAACUAAACAUUUUAUCCUUUUUUAAAUGAAGAUCUGGUUAGACAGUCUAACUCGUCAUGUAUAUUGUUUCUUAAGAAUCUAUCUUAAUGUGCUCCAUUUCCGUUUGAUAUGAUCCUAUCAAAACCCAAUUAUUCGACACUAAAUGUCACAAGCGUUUGAAAGACUAUACGCUAUAAGCACUUUUUCCAGUGAAUGAAAUGCUUAUGAAGUGGUACUUUUGUAGUUCUGCAUCACAAACUAACUUCAAUAAUUUAGAUGGUAGUUGGAGGUAGUCAACAGGAAACCCUGGACCCGGGUUUCGUGCUACUUGGCACUCGUCAGCAAGGUGUACCUGUAAUCUUGAGGGAACUGGUGUUCCCUGGCGGAUUCGAUCUCGUGUCACCCAGCUUCACAGUCAGAGACGUUACCACUGAGCUAUCCGAGCCGUGACUAACCUCCUGUAGGACUGAGAUGUAAUCACAAUUGAUUGAUCACCACCCAGUGAUCAAUCAAUUGUGAUAACUUCAAUAAUCUUCACACUCCCUUGUACUUAAGGAACAGUCAUGAUUACUUUGGUUGAUAUUUCGCUCUGUCAUAACCAACUUCUUUCACUUCAGUUAUUGUUUUGUUAACUUGCAUUUUCUUCCAAGUAUGGUGUUGAAAACAAUUGCCGUUAAUACCGGUUAUAUCGCUCUGUACAUGUAUUGUUUCAGAAACCUAUCGUUUGAUGUGGAAGAAGAUGCGUUGCACAAAUUUUUUUCACAGUUCGGACCCCUAGAAUUUGCGAAAAUAGUUAAAGAUCCAGCAACACAACAUUCCCGAGGUACAGCCUUUGUAAAGUUUGUAAAUGCUGAGGAUGCAUCAAAUGUCUUACAACAAUCUGAUAAACCUGAGAACGCUCAUCAAUUUUCUUUGGAAAACCGAACUUUAAACAUAACAAUUGCUGUUUCUAGAACAGAGGCACAAAAUCUACGAAAAAGGAAACACGAAGAUGAUGCUCCAGAGGGUUUUAUAGGUCCUGCAGAUGCUAUAAAGCAGAAAGGACGUAAUUUGCAUUUAGCAUCUAUUGGAAUUAUUCGUCCUGGGUCAUCUGAAGCUGAAGGUUUAAGCAAAGAAGAUUUAGCCAGAAGGGAUGCAUUACUGCGAGAGAAAAAGAAAAAACUAACUGAUCCAAAUUAUUUUAUUAGUGAUGUUCGAUUGUGUCUACGUAAUCUACCCUUACAUGUAUCCGAUGAUGACUUAAAGUCUGCUUGCAUGAAAUUUCUAAAAAAAAGUACAGACCACCGAAUUUUAGAAUGCCGUAUUAUGCGUAAUCUUCAACCAGGCAGACAACAAUAUCGUUCACUUGGCUAUGGAUUUGUUGCAUUUACCAAUCAUGAAAAUGCGUUAAGUGUAUUGUAUGGUUUAAAUAAUAAUCCGAAUGCAUUCCCACCUAGUAAUCGA